GCCGCUGCUUCGGGGAGAUCCGAUGAGCUCCGUGGCUUUUUGCUGGGUUUGCUGUCAUUUCACCUGAAGGCAGAACUCCGGGAAAGUGCGCACUUGCAGGAGAAGGAUGAGUUGGAUCUGGACCGCAAGUCAAGGCAGGGUCGCUGCUCUGCCCCUGAGUGAUGGACCUUGGAUAGUGAAAGUGGAGGAAGAUUCACCCGGAGGUGGGGAGUCCGACCCACCAGGGGACUGUCCGGAUCCCGAAACUUCCCGACGGCAUUUUAGGCGGUUCCGUUAUCAAGAGGUGGCCGGACCCGAAGAGGCGCUGAGUCGACUCAGGGAACUUUGUCGUCUGUGGCUGAGGCCCGAGGUGCACUCGAAAGAGCAGAUCCUGGAGCUGCUGGUGCUGGAGCAGUUCCUGACCAUCCUGCCCCAGGAGCUCCAGGCCUGGGUGCGCAAGCACUGCCCGGAGAGCGGGGAGGAGGCUGCCGCCUUGGUUUGGGCUCUACAGAGAGAGCUUGAUGAGACCUCACGCCAGGGGUUGGUGACAGUCCAGGAUGUGGCUGUGUCUCUAACCUGGGAGGAGUGGGAGCGUCUGGGCCCAGCACAGAAGGACCUCUACAGGGAGAGUGCGCCGAAGGAUUAUGGGAAUGCAGUCUCGCCAAGUUUGGAAACCAGAACUGAGAACAAAGAGUUGAUUCUAAAGCAAGAAAUUCUAGAAGAAGUGGAGCCACAAGGGCAGCUACAAGAGUCCCAGGAGAAGGGGCCCCUGUCUUCCGAGUGUGGGGUUGCCCAUGAGGACAGGAUAGAAAAGCCAUCAGGCGACCCCUCACUGCUGAAACUUGAAAAGCCUCCUGAAGAUCAGGGAGCCACCAGCAUCUCAGAUCUCAAGAGUGCUCCCAGAGAAGAGGGAGACUCCAAAAAGAAUGAAUUGGGGACUAGUGCCAGGAGUUCAAACUUCAUUCCUGCUCAGCACAUCCAGACAGCAGAGAGACCCAUUACCGGUGAUGAACGUGGGAACUAUUGCAAACACAGGUUAGAUACUGUGAAACCUCAUGAAUCUCCUGACAGUGGGGAAAACUACCGUCAUUCAAGCCUACUUGAGGCGCAGAGGCGGUUCCAUGAAGAAAGACCUUAUAUGUGUGACACCUGUGAGAAGAGUUUCAAACAGCGUUCCGACCUCUUUAAACACCAGAGAACCCACACCGGGGAGAAGCCCUACGGGUGUUCUGUCUGUGGGAAAAGCUUCAGUCAGAGCGCUACCCUCGUUAAACACCAGAGGACUCACACUGGAGAGAAGCCUUACACCUGCCCCAAGUGUGGGGACAGCUUCAGACAGAGCUCAAAUCUCAGUCGGCAUCAGAGAGUCCACAUGGGGGAGAAGCACUACAUGUGUCACGAGUGCGGGGAAAUCUGCCGUAUCUCCAACCAUUUUAGACAUCAGAGGACACACCAGGGAGAGAGACCCUACACGUGUGAAGAGUGUGCGAAGAGCUUUAAACGGUGUUCCGACCUCUCCAAACACCAGAGAAUCCACACCGGGGAGAAGCCCUACGAAUGCCAAGAAUGUGGAAAAAGCUUCAGUCAGAGCGCAACCCUUGUUAAACACCAGAGGACACACACAGGUGAGAAGCCGUACACGUGCCCCAAAUGUGGGGACAGCUUCAGACAGAGCUCACACCUCAACCGGCAUCAGAGAGUCCACAUGGGGCAGAAGCACUACACGUGUCACGAGUGCGGGGAAAUCUGCCGUAUCUCCAACCAUUUUAGACAUCAGAGGACACACCAGGGAGAGAGACCCUACACGUGUGAAGAGUGUGCGAAGAGCUUUAAACGGUGUUCCGACCUCUCCAAACACCAGAGAAUCCACACCGGGGAGAAACCCUACGAAUGCCAAGAAUGUGGGAAAAGCUUCAGUCAGAGCGCAACCCUCGUUAAACACCAGAGAACUCACACUGGAGAGAAGCCUUACAGAUGUCUUGAAUGUGGGGACAGCUUUAGACAGAGUUCACACCUCAUCCGACACAAAAGAAUCCAUAGAAAUAAAGCCCCAUCAUUUUGACAUGCUUCUGCAUGA